AUGGGCCAAGUAGUCCCGAAUCGCGUGGUCGGGCUCGCCAACUUGACGUUGGCGCCGUCCUCGCUGACCAAAGCGGUGCAGCGCCCGGCAGAUCUGGUGCUGCGCAAGUCCGCGACGCGAGGAAUUGUGCGGGAACUCCUGCCAGGACAGACGGUCGUCCUUGACACUGCGCGGACCUUCGAGACCCAGCAACAUGACUGUAUGCUGGACCCGAUGCUGUGUAUCCCGGCGGACUCCUCACACUCCGUACUCGUCUCUCGCUCGCAAGUAGUGGGGUGGAGUUCCCACCGAGAACCGGUCAAAGGCACUUCAGAGCAAGACCAGUCGUGGCCUGCGAAGGCGCUAGCGUUGCUUCCACCACUACUUGGCUUGUGGAUGGAAUGUCAUGGUGAUGACAAUACUGCGCUGCCGCCGACUGUGCUCACGCACUUAAUUUUGAUCGUGGAAGCGUCCACCAUCAUCAUCCGUGCGUCAACUCUGCAGGCCGACGACCCAGCACUCAAAGUGUACGCGCAGACGUACUUCACCGACUUUCCACGAGCACCUAUAGAAAUUAUGAGCAACGCCGACAGCUCCACGCUGCGCUUUUGGAGCGCCCUCAAUUUAUCCAUCGCUCAGUGUGGGUGCGAGUGCUUUGUCGGGUCGAACGCCGCCUACUUGGACGACGUGCUCACGCAGUUUGUCCAGUCCGAGUUCGACAACCUCGUGCAGUCCGAUUCGUCUGUCCGCAAGUGGCACAGGGGCUGUUGCUCAAGGGAAGGCUCCAGUUGCCAAGUCAACAUGGACCAUGUUUGUUGGUGUUGCACUGGAUGCUACCGACUAUGA